UUUCCAUUUCGGUGGAUGGAAAAUUUGUAACGUAUUGCCAUGCCUUACCACGAUAUGUAGGUGGAUAGUGACCAUUGGAUGGUGAGGGGGGAGUCGGGGUUCGGAGGCGUGGCCAUUAGGAAGUCGAGGGGCUUAGGGAGUUUGGGGUUUCGAUUGGGUCCGGUUUCGUCACAAUUCGGUUUUCGUUUCUUUUGUUUUUUUCUUUUUCCCUCUUUUGCAUUUCUCUUUCUAUUUUUUUGGUCGAGCGAGUCGGUUUGCUGGGAACCAGACUCAAAACCCCAGCGCCCUUUCGAUCCACACAUUUCAAGGUUUCUUUAUCGGAGCCCUAAAAGAUGCAUCGGAGAACGGUAGAAUUGGACUCCGAAUCGCGGCGCGGAUGAUGGGACUCGGCGAUUCGAGCGGCGAGCACCGAGAUUCGAAGUCCGAGACCCGCUCCGUACUAGGUAUCGAUCUCAAUGAGAUCCCUUCCUCGUCCUUCGUCGAGGCCUCGCACGACGUGCCUGACGCGUACGCCGUCGUGCGGAGCUUCCACGGAGAGCUGUCACCGGCGGCUGGAGCUGCGGCGGGGCUGCCAGGGGAGGGGUGGGGGUCGGUGUGCGCUGUGUGUGGUGCGCCGGAGGUUGGAGCACAGGUUUUGGUCUGCGACGGGUGUGAGCGCGGCUUCCACCUCGUCUGCGUCGGAAUGCCAGGCCGACAGGCGGGGAUGCUGGAAGAAUGGGUGUGCGGCGAGUGUGUGAGGAGUGGAGUUGGGAGUAAGCGAUGGCCCUUGGGCCCGAAGAGGCGGCCGGUAGUUAGGCUUUUGGAUAUCAACGCUUCACCGCCGAGUGAAGGGGAAGGUGAGGAGUUGCCGGAUUCGAGAAAGCACUCUCCGGGUGAUAAUUCUUUUGGUGGCAAUUCAUUUGGUGCCCCAGAGACAUAUUCGAACUUUCGGUGUGCGGGGAAUGGAUUUGGUUUUCCAAAAGCUUCUGGGAUUUUGACACAUGCUGUCAAAUUGGGUCUUGAAGAUAUAUUGCAUCAUACUAAUAGAAGUUUUGAGGAGGUAGAUUCAGGGUUUCCUCUAGGAAGGCUUAGGAGUAGUAAUAAUACAGCUUGUAGAUUACCACCACAGGAACCAAGCGAGAUGUUACUUCAGGCCCUUAAAGAGUUCAUUUCGGAAAGACAUGGAGUAUUGGAGGAAGGUUGGCGUGUGGAACUAAAACAAUCUGUGAGGGCUGGUGAACUAUGUCCAGUUUUCUGUGCUCCAGAUGGAAGGAUAUUUGAGUCAAUGUCUGAAGUUGCCGAUUAUCUUGGGUUAACGUCUAAUUGCAAUUCUGUGGAUACUGAAAUAAGAAGUGAUGGGUCUGCUUCACUGAAGAAAAGAUCGCAUUUAUCCAAAAGAAGAAAGUCAACAAGGCUUUCAAUUGCCAAUAGCUCUGCUGAAAAUAAAGAUGCUUUGCUAACUGAUUUUUGUAAGGAUAUCUCAUCUGAUGUUCAAAGUAUGGAACUUUGUGCUAGUAAUCUUGGGAAUAGUGUAAAAGUAACUGAAGCUGCGCCAGAAGAAAAUGGUGGCACUGGCUUGCAGCAACAUAAUAAUGGACUUCCUGUUCAGUUUGAAGAUUUCUUUGUUCUUUCUCUGGGGGAGGUUGAUGUGAGACCCUCAUAUCAUGAUGUUAAUCAGCUCUGGCCUGUAGGCUAUAAAUCCUGUUGGCAUGAUAAGCUUACCGGGUCUCUUUUUAUGUGUGAUGUCUCUGAUGGUGGUGAUUCUGGACCUAUUUUCAAGGUCAAGAGGUGUGCAUGCUCUGCAGUUCCCCUUCCAAAUGGGUCAACUGUGCUCUGUAGGCCCAACAUUGGCCAAUCUAACGGUCAAGAUAAAGAAAAAAGCAAUGAUAUGAUUUCUUUGAGUAUGGACUAUGACGAGGAUGGCAGUUUACAGACACUUCUUGCAGACCCUUCCCCACCAAUGGAAAAUGACAUUUUAUCCUGUAUAAGGAGUAGUUCUAAUGGAUCUUGUUGUGUUCAGACAUUGAACAGCUUGCUUCUGGAGGAUAAUUCUCUUCAUGAGAGUUCUGGCGAAUUUUUAUCUGAUCAUUCUAGAUUGAAAGAUGAAAUUGGUGAGUUUUCAUUGCAAGGGCGUUCAUCAUCUUCAGUAUGGAAUUUGGUGUCUCAAAAAUUCAUUGAUGCUUGCUGUGAAACCUAUAAACGAACUGGCAGCCUCAGGUUCUUCUGUGAGCAUGUUAAACUUGGAGCAAGCACACUGCCCUGGGAUAUCAUGGACGAAAGUAGCAAAGGGAGUUAUACUUCCUUAGAUAAAUUUUGCAGUUCACCAGGCUCUGUGUGCAUGCCAUCUGUAAUUCAGGGUGAGAAUGAACUUCAGACUCAAUGUGAAGUACUGGCAAAGUGGCUAGAUCAAGAUAGGUUUGGUUUAGAUGUGGAAUUUGUGCAAGAGAUGCUAGAACAGCUUCCUGGUGUCUGUGCCUGUUCACAGUAUAAGUUGCUGAACAAUAGAAGCUACCAUUCUACAUUAUUAACAGUUGGAAAUGGUCUCUUACUGGCUGAAACAGAGAAUGGAGUACAAAGUAAGGCAGAGGAAGCAUUAGAUUGUUUAUUUGGAGGAUCCAAAAGAGCUAGAAAAUAUACGGUUGGUGAUCCUCUAAUGGAUGAUUUUUGUCCUCCUCCUGGAAAUCCUUUGGGUUCAAGGCUUCCUCCUGAUCUUGUUGGUGAUGUUAUUCAGGUAUGGGAGUCACUAUGGCGUUUUUAUGAAAUCUUGGGUUUAAAAGAGCCAUUUUCAAUUGAGGAACUUGAAGAGGAACUUAUUUGCCCAUGGUCUGAUGACUUAAAUCUUCUAGAGAAAUUUGGAACAGAAACCCAGGAAAAUCGAGACAUAACUCCAACUAGACCUAGUGGUGCAAGUGGACACAUCCCAUCCUCAAGCACUGACUCUGGUCCAGAAGUUUCUACAGGCAAUCCCCAUGCAUUCAUACAAAUGGAAACAGGGCGAAAAAAGGAAGCAGCCCAAGCUAAGCUAGCAUCUGUUACUUACAGCAGAUGCUCUGGUGUAACUCUGACAAAAGCGCACAACUCGCUGCUAAAAGUUCUAGUAAGUGAACUUCAGUUCAAGGUUGCUGCCCUUGUAGAUCCAAAUUUUGAUUCUGGAGAAUCAAAAUCAAGACGGGGAAGGAAGAAAGAUGCAGAUAAUGCAAUUCCCACCAAAAAAACCAAGCUCAAUAUGCUCCCUAUUAAUGAAUUGACUUGGCCAGAAUUAGCUCGGAGAUAUAUAUUAUGUGUCUUAUCCAUGGAUGGUAACCUUGACUCUGCUGAGAUUACCAUUCGUGAAAGUGGCAAAGUGUUUCGCUGCUUACAAGGUGAUGGUGGGGUGCUUUGUGACUCACUUACCGGAGUUGCAGGAAUGCAAGCAGAUGCACUUUUGUUUGCAGAGGCCAGAAAACAGAUUUUUGGUUCUUUGAACAGAGAAGAUGACAUUCUUACUAUAGAAGAGAAAGGAUCUGAUGCUACUGGUGACCAUGAUAGGAUUGUGGUGAAUGAUGGCAAUAUCCCAGAGUGGGCACAGGUUCUGGAACCUGUUAGGAAGCUACCUACGAAUGUGGGAACCAGAAUUAGAAAGUGUAUUUAUGAGGCUUUGGAGAAGGAUCCACCAGAAUGGGCAAAGAAAAUAUUGGCGCAUUCAAUCAGUAAGGAGGUUUACAAGGGCAAUGCAUCAGGACCUACAAAGAAAGCCGUUCUUUCAGUGCUAGGAAUUGUGCAUGAUGAAGGUCUAAAAAGCAAACCUGAUAAGGAGAGAAAGAGGAAACGUGUCAUCUCUAUUCCUGACAUUAUCAUGAAACAAUGCCGAAUUAUAUUACGUCGUGGUGCUGCAGCAGAUGAUGCCAAAGUUUUCUGCACUCUGUUGGGAAGCAAACUCAUUAACUCUAUCGAUAAUGACGAUGAGGGACUUCUUGGAACACCAGCCAUGGUGUCACGGCCUUUGGACUUUAGAACGAUUGAUUUGAGACUGGCAGUUGGGGCUUAUGGUGGAUCAUGGGAAACUUUUCUUGAGGAUGUCCGAGAGUUAUGGAAUAAUAUACACACUGCUUAUGCGGAUCAGCCUGAUUCAGUUGAGCUGGCUAGGACAUUAUCCCAAAAUUUCGAAUCAAUGUUUGAAAAGGAGGUUCUCCCCCUUGUCCAAAAGUUUACGGAGUAUGCUAAAUCAGAAUGCUUAAGUGCAGAAACAGAGAAGGAAAUAGAUGAUUUUCUUGUUUCUGCUAGUGAAAUUCCCAAAGCCCCUUGGGAUGAGGGGGUCUGCAAAGUAUGUGGCAUCGAUAAAGAUGAUGACAGUGUUCUGUUGUGUGAUAUGUGUGAUGCAGAGUAUCAUACUUAUUGCUUGAAUCCUCCACUUGCAAGAAUUCCUGAAGGAAACUGGUACUGUCCUUCCUGCGUUGCUGGUAUAAGUAUGGUUGAUGUUUCGGAACAUACUCAUGUCAUUGCGCAGCGCCAAGGUAAAAAUUGUCAGGGAGACUUUACUCAUGCUUAUUUGGAGUCACUUGCACAUCUAGCUGCUGCAAUGGAAGAAAAAGAGUAUUGGGAGCUCAGUGUAGACCAGAGGACCUUUCUGUUUAAAUUUCUAUGUGAUGAGUUGCUGAACACAGCUCUUAUACGUCAACACCUUGAGCAGUGUGCUGAAUCAUCGGUUGAGUUACAGCAGAAAUUGCGUUCCAUUUCUGUGGAAUGGAAAAACCUAAAGCUCAAAGAAGAAAACCUGGCUGCAAGAGCUCCAAAAGUUGACUCUGGUAUGAUUUAUGUGGCUGGAGAAGUGGGUACAGAAGGAGGGCUUGCUAGUGCGCUAACAAAUAAUGGUAAAUGUAUUGCAAAACCGCAUACCUUGAGUGACAGACCUAAAGAUUUUGGUAUCUUAUCUAAUGACCAGCUACAAGUGGAGGGUGGUAGUGAGGGAAUCAGGCCCAACGGUCUGGACAAACACCCAUCUAGCAAUUGUUCAGAGGGAAAUUGCACUUUGAAGCCUAUUGAUAAUGAAGGUCAAUUAAAAGAGGUCCAUGCUGUUGUAGAUGAGACUCAAGUAUCUGUUGAUCAUUUCCCCCACAUGGUCUACCAAGGAAACGGUAGCUCUUGUAGACCAAAUGAACUGCAUUUACAAAAUCCUUUGCAGCAAGAAAUGGAUGGCUUGGGUACAGAAUUUAAUUUACAGGUCAACAUGUGUGAAAAUAUGGAGAAGAAUGAUCUGCAAGGACUGCAUCACCCUUCUGACAUAAGGAUUGUCCAUGUAGCUGAGCAUGAUUCUGAGCUGAACUCCAUCAAGAAUGAUAUUUCAGAUCUACAGGACUCAAUGGCUAGUAUAGAGUCACAGCUUCUGAAGUUAUCUGUGCGACGGGAGUUUUUGGGUAGUGAUUCUGCUGGUCGAUUGUAUUGGAUCUUAGCCAAGCCUGGUUGGCAUCCUUGGGUGCUUGUUGAUGGAAGUAUGGCACUUCAGAAGAAAGAAAAAAUGAGAUAUCUCAAAAACCCAGGGGACAGUUCAGUUCAGAAGAAUUCUACUUCCCUCAGCAUGGAUAUUCUCUCAACUUUGGGGGGCUCAAACGCUUCCUGUCCAUUUCUAUAUAAGCCAAAUGCUUCUAUUUCCAUUUGUUCUCAAUGGGUUUCUUAUCAAUCUGGUGAAGAAAUUGAUGCACUUAUUGGAUGGUUAAAAGAUGCUGACCCUAGGGAAAAAGAACUCAAAGAGUCCAUUUUGCACUUGCAUAAACUAAGAUUUCGGGACUGGAAACUGACUGGGGACCCUGAUCAGGUUGAUUCACAAACAACUUUGUCAAGGUUCCCAAAUAGCGAAAAUGCAUUUUCUGAUGGUCUUCUUACCAAGGCAGGCAUUUUGCUGGGGAAGAAAUAUGGCCCUUGGUUUGAGCCAGAAAUUGCUGACAGCUCGAAGAAGUGGGACCUGAGGUCAAAAGUAACUAAUGAAGGCAAAAUGUAUAGAUGUGAAUGCUUGGAACCUAUUUGGUCUUCAAGGCAUCAUUGCCCCUCUUGUCACAGAACUUUCUUCACUGAUAUUCAACUUGAGGAGCAUAAUGAUGGCAGUUGCAGGUCAGGUCCACCAACCUCUGAGAAGAGCAAGGAAAAUAGCAGUCAUUUAAAAGGUAAGGGGACUAUGAAAUCCAAAACCUCCCGGGAGGAGAGCACUGGUGACAUUGACAUGGUUGAAAUACCAAAAGGUGGCUGUUCUCAGCCCAGGUCGAGAUUGAUUAAAUUUCAAAAUGAAGGAUUAGUGUGCCCAUAUGAUUUUGAAGAGAUCUGUUCCAAGUUUGUCACCAAAAACUCUAACAAGGAAUUGGUGCAGGAAAUAGGUCUUAUUGGUUCCAAAGGGGUUCCAUCAUUUGUCUCAAGUAGACCUCCUUAUAUCAGUGAUGCUACACUAUUGUUAGUUCCUAGUGGUGAACUUAAAGCCACUGGAGAUAUGAUGCUUGCACAGGGGAACAGGAUUCCUGCUGGAGGCAGUGGAAGCUUUUCUGAUAAUUCUUCCAGAGAUUCUGCUGCAAAUGAAACCAGUGCAGCAUCUAGAACUGACAAACCAGCUUUGGAGCAAAAAGAUAAAAAGUACUCUUUAAAUAAUAAUGGUCCAGAAAUGGAGGUUGGUCGCUGUUGUGUAAUCCCUCAGUCUUCACUAAGACCAUUAGUUGGCAAAGUUUACCAGAUUUUGAGGCAACUCAAGAUCAACUUACUUGAUAUGGAUGCUGCACUCCCUGAAGAGGCUCUGAAACCAUCAAGGGCUGACUUAGAAAAGAGAUUGGCAUGGCGUGCUUUUGUUAAAUCUGCAGAGACAAUCUUUGAGAUGGUUCAAGCAACAAUCAUGCUUGAGGACAUGAUUAAGACCGAGUACUUGAUGAAUGGAUGGUGGUAUUGGUCAUCACUCUCUGCUGCUGCCAAGACUUCUACCGUUUCUUCCCUUGCCCUGCGCAUAUACUCUCUGGAUGCUGCCAUUGCUUAUGAGAAGAUCUCAUCCAAUUUGGAUCUGACUGACAGUCCCAAGCCCAGCAGCAAACCUGAUCCGAAGCCAGUGCCCAAUUUGGAUACCAUGGAAAAGUCAAAGCUGGGCAGAAAACAAAACAAGAGGAGGAAAGAAUCAGAAGGUUGAUCUUCAGAUUCUCUUUCUUUCACGGGAUAUUCAAUCCAGACAUUUUAUCCUGGUGGCAGUGGGAGAGGUAGCAGGCAUAUGUUGUAAAAAUAUAAGAUGAUCGUGUAACCACAUUGCAGUUUGUAUUGGAUCAUAUGGGUAUCAAAGACUAAGUUGGAAGUCCAAGGAUGUUGCUGCUGCCGCCGCCUCCUUGUGUGUGUGUAUGUACAUAAAGUGAACAAGGCUGACAUGCUAACCUGGAUGCUGGAUUGAGAAACAAAGUCUGCGAAUGAUUUGCAUGGAAGGCUGGAAACAAAGACAGAAUGGUUAUCAGAAUGCAUCCAAUUUUGGACUGAUUUCUGCUGCAGCUUUUGGAUCUCUUGCUUGGAAAGGGAAAGAUGGACAUACAUUUUCUCACAAAGAGCAAGAUGUCAACACCAUAUAAAUUACACAUCAUUGUACAAACCAAAAACAAAAAAAAACAAAAAAAAAAAUUGAAAAAAAAAAAAAAAACAGGACUUACCCGAGCAGGUGUAGGCAAUAUUUCAUUCUUUAUACGUAGUUCUUUCUUGUCCUUGCUUUUCAGAUGUUCGCCUUAAACUUUAAAGAAUGAAAUUAAUGUUUUCUUUUCCUCUCCGUUUAUCUUUGGCCUUUGUAAUUAGCAUCCAUGUAUGGUAGUCGAAGAUAGACACACGAUUGAACAGAGGAACCAUUCCAGCUAAGAGCUCAAUUCAUUGGGCUUUUCUCCUCCUAGGAACAUAGCUUGACAAAGAGAAUGAUUGCCUUUUGGAAAGGCGCAUAUUAAAAAGGAACAGGUGUUUACAAAUCAUUUGGUGGCCGGGUAUUUUUUAAUGCUAUGUCAUUUCUUCC